GAGGGUGCCUGUCUCCAUCUCGUCUUGACUUUACGUGGUGGUUGCUGAUUCUGCUGCUGGUGGUUCUUUUGGUAGAAACAACUCUUUCUUCUUUUUGGAAGGAGAACUGUGAUCACGUGGGCUAUUUUCUGUUUUCACUCCAUACUUUUUGUAGUUUCAUGUGAGAAACAUCAUUUGCAAUUUUUUCAUCUAAGUAUUAUUUUCGUUUUAUUUUCAAACUAUUAUCUAAUAAAUAAUUGAGCUAUUGUUUUCUUUGAGACAUGGCCAAGUCCAGAUUUGAAUAUGUUAAAGAAUUUGAGAAAGAAAAUUAUUUGUUGCAAAACUGCUAUAUAAUUAUUAGAAUUGAUGGUAAAAAUUUUCACAAAUUUUCUAAAGAGUAUCAGUUUGAAAAACCGAAUGAUUCAAGAGCUUUAAAUUUAAUGAAUAAGGCCUCAUUGUCUUUAUUUAGUAAAUUUAACGAUGUUAUUAUGGCUUAUGGAGAUUCAGACGAAUAUUCGUUUUUAUUAAGAAAAAAUACUGUUUUAUAUGAAAGAAGGGAAUCCAAAUUGAAUUCGAUCUUUGUGAGUUUUUUCACUGCUUAUUAUAACCAUUAUUGGAAUGAGUUUUUUCCUGAUAAUCCUCUUGAUGUUAAUAGAUUGCCAACAUUUGAUUCCAGAUGCAUAUUAUAUCCAUCGGCUGAGAACGUUAAGGAUUACUUUAAAUGGAGACAAGUAGAUUGUCAUAUUAAUAAUUUGUAUAACACGACAUUUUGGACAUUAAUAGAAAAGGGGAAAUUAUCACCAAAAGAAGCUGAAAAUAAAUUAAUUGGUACCCUCUCUUCGGAUAAAAAUGAGAUAUUGUUUAGCCAGUUUGGUAUUAAUUAUAAUAAUGAGAAAGAAAUAUAUAAAAAGGGAACAAUAAUUACCAGAGAUUAUAAUUAUAAUAAAAGCAAUAAAGAGAUUGAAAAUGAAAAUGAAAAUGAAAAUAAAAAUAAAAAUACAGGAAAAAUUUUUGAAGUGAAUUUAACUGAAAGACAAAAACAAAGAGAAAAUAAAAAAAUAAAAAGGGCUAAGAUUCUAAUUGAGCAUAUUGAUUUAAUUAAGGAUGAUUUUUGGAAAGAGAAAAGUAUUUUCUAGAUGAAGUUUUGUAAUAUUGAGAAUAUAUAAGGAAAAAAAAGAUUAUAAUAAAACAAGA